AUGCAGGUCAGCAUAGGAACCCUCUGGACUCAACAGCUACAUUACAAACAACUCGACGUCAUACAUCUACAAGUGCUAGGAGGUCAAGCAUUCGGUGUUGAAGCAGUCGGUGAAGGCAAUGAGGUAAAAUGCUUCUUAAUCACGGAUGACACAGCAAAACAACUGCUGAAUAACGCAUAUUUAGAAAUAUUCGAAUCAGAGGAGUUCUGCAUCGAACCGCCUUCAGCUGUAUUCCAAAAGAAGGACACGAGAGGAUUGCGAGCAAAGUUUGAUGAUAUG